CCAGUUCUCAACAACAUCUUCAGAAAAUAGGAAAACUUAAAAAAAAAAUGCGUUCCUACGCAGCUUCCGGCCUCGUUGCUCUCAUCCCGUUUUACCAAAAAUGCUUUGUUCCCACGUUUGGUCCAGACGCCGGGCGGGAGGAGCUCGCGUGCUGCAGCGAGGAAAAGCGGCAGUUUCCGAAGCUGGCGCUGAACAACGCGUUUGGGUACCGCGAGGUGCACUUGCGGCAACCCAUUGUGGAACGUGCAGAAAGACUCAUGACGCGGUUCGACGACGACGUGGAAAAGUUCCCCUGCGCCUUGCGAUCGAGGAUAGAAUAUGAAAUGCAAAAGCAUCGUACUAGUAUGAAUCGCAUUACAAAUUUGCUCACCGUCAGUGUGAGAAAUGUAAUUUGUCAUGCUGUUUUGCCUUGGGAUGGAGAUUUAUAAUGCAUGGCUGCGAUUACAUACUACGAAUACGAUACUUUUGCACAGGAUAUAGAAGUUUUACCCGCACUACUUUCCGCCUACGACAAGGGUAUGGAGGUACUGCAGAAACUGGUCGCCGAAAUCGUGCGGCACAUCUGCUACGCGAUUGGCUCGGUGGAAGAGCCGCUGGUGUCGCCUUUUUUGGAGUAUCAAAUGCAAAAGUUGUAUCACGUGCUCGUACGAGUAAUUGCAGAUGUGCAUCACAAAUCUGCUUCCUAACAAGGUUGUAAACCAGCAUGACAAACUCCAUUUUCAUCUGAGCAAAUUUGUAAUGCAAUUUGUACUAGAACGAGUACAGCGAAGAUCCUUUUGCAAUCCAUAUGGAGGUCCUGGAAGAAAUGAGCGACUUGCUGAGGCAGCGGGAGUAUCCUGUGCAAAAGUAUCGUACUCGUAGUAAUUGCAAUCAUGCAAUACAAAUCUCUCUUUUAAGGCAAAUCCGCAUUACAAAUUUCAUUUUUCAUGCUGAGGAAAUUUGUAAUGCAUUUAUACGAGUACGAUACUUUUGCAGUUCAUAGGGAGGACUUAAACUGCCCGGUCGACGAAGCGAUUUACUUGAAUGAAGUCGAAGUGGUUCAUGCAGGUCGUGGAGGUCAACAUGCAGGGUCCACCUCUGGGGAUGAAGACAACGAAGAUGGCCAAAACAACCCGCGCCCGCCAACCAUCCAGAACCUUCUCUACACCGUACCCCUAGAACCGAACUUACACUCGAUCCAAACCAUCGACCAGCUGCCCUUACCGAAAAAUUGGACCUGGGGGAGCAAUCACAAGAUAUGGGAGGAGGUGAAGAACGAAGAUCCAAGGAGUGUUAUCCACUGCAAAUAAGUACUAUCGUACGCUGCUUGUAGAAGUUUUUUCAGUAAAAGAACUGUAUUUUUACAGAUCUCGACUCUUGUGUGAAUAUCAGCAGGACAACUUUCCUCUUGGAAAAAUUUGUCAUGCGAUAAAAUCUACUACGUAGAGUGCGAUGGUUAGUUUGCAGUGCAUAAGUGUGAACAGCUCUGACGUGAUGAACUAUGAACGGUACGGAAUGAACGACAACACGUUCCUGCUCGAUUUCGUGGAAAUCCAGGCGGUGAAGUUGUCCACCGCUCUAUCCGUUUUGCAUCUGGAACUGCAGCAGAUCGAGAGCAGUUUUGAGAUAACUAGCGGCGAAGAAGGUAGUUCGGACGGAGGAGCUGAUGCCGGUGAUGACGUCGAUUUCGAGGCUGUUGUGGCUGAAGGGUAUUAGAAUGGAAUAGUUUAUUGUGAUCUGCGUCUGCCACAAGAAGAAAAACUGCAGGACCACUAUCGGUCUGCACUGAAGUGAUGGAACAUGAACUUCAGGCACUUUAUUAUUGGACGUAGAAGUUGUCCCUUUUCUAUCACAAAUACAUAGCGCUUAUGUGAUGCACGUACUAUACUCCCUUUUCUUCUAUCCCAAACAGGGUCCCCGAGCUGUCCGCCAUCCGUCCCCCGCAAGAGAAAGUGGAGGCCCAGCACGAAAUUCCCGGGCGGGUGGUGGUUUUCCCGACGGAAUCCACGCUCGACGAGCUGAGCCCGAACAAGAUCGCGCAAAUUGUGCAGGAAACCAUCAUAGAAGUCACCAGGCCGUCGGCAGCUCGUGGUCCCGCAGUAGAAAUGGAAGCAGACAGUGAAAUAGAAGAUACCGCAAGCAACGAAACGGCGAGUGCUGCUUUAAUAUCUGAAGACGGAGAGACGGAGGCUUCAGCCAGUACUGAGUUCGCCGGCGCGGCGGUGGCGGCGAAAACGUUGCAGCCAGUGACUUUUUAUCUUGUGCAAAAGUAUCGUACUCGUAUUGCAGUCAUGCAUUACAAAUUUUAUCUCCCAUGCACAUGCUGAGGAAAUUUCAAUUUGUAAUGCAUUUAAUUAUACGAGUGCGAUACUUUUGCAGGUCAUACUUUUAUCGAAUAUGCGAGGCGGAAGCAGUACACCAGGCAGGGGCCGGAUCUCUGUGGAACGUUUUUUGACCACGAUUUGAUCAAUAAUUUGAAGCCGAAUACUACAGGUAGUACACUAUGAUAUUUGACGCGAAAGUUGUUCUCAUGCACAGACGAGCGGAGUAUGUGUAUUGAUUUUGAUUUACCUUUGCUAUCGCCAUGCGUCCAUUGGAAGACGAAAAGAAAAUCAAAAAAAUCACUACUUACAGUUUCUUGUCGGUGGCUCCGGUACCCCGAAGCGUCCGAUCUUCCCAACCUACACUUUGACCAGGGAGUUUCUUCCAUCGGGCUGCGCACGUAUGCAAUUCAAAUGUGCCUGGGGCUGGAUAAUUUGUGAUGCAGAACUUCAAGGACAACAAGAUCUGUAAUGCAUAAAUGGGAUUGAUGGCCAAUUUUUUUGGCGUGCUGAGAAGAGGCAGUUUGUAAUGCUAAGUUUAAGUACGAAUGAAUCCGCAAACAGCGGAGGAAAAGAACUUGUGAUGCUGUCACGCUGCACAACUGGCUACUUUGCGAUGCGAGUACCAGCAACACAAGUUUCCAGACCCACGAGACAUAUUUGCAAUGCAUAGUACGAGUGAAGAGACGAAGCUCUUCGCGGGCUUGUCCCACCGGCAAAGAAGCACCGAUAUCCUGUGCAAAAGUAUCGUACUCGUAUUGCAAUCAUGCAUUACAGAUCUUUUUCUCAAGGUAUAUCCGCAUUACAAAUUUUAUUUCUCAUGCUGAGAAAAUUUGUAAUGGAUUUAUACGAGCACGUUACUUUUUCAAUUUAUAACCGAUUUGUUCAAGCAAAUCAUGGCGGACUACAUCCAGCAGCACCGAAAGUGGCGGUCCGGGCAGCCAAGCAACCUGAAAGGCGCGAUCGUCGCCGCGUGCUAUGGGCUGCCCAUGUGCGGCGGACACGGAGAUCGGCUGCACGGGAUCCUGUCCCUGUUUCUGCUCGCCGUCGCGACGCACAGAGGAUUCCUCAUCGACAUCCGACACCCACGGCCGUUGUUAGAGGUGCUGUUACCCUCCUUUCUCGAUUGGCGGGUCCGGAUAGAAGAUUUACCACUCAACAACCGAGUGCAACUGGUCGACCUCUCCGAGCACCAGGUCGACCGCACACUCCGCGGCCUCCGCGUGUCCCCCGAGGUGCUCGUGAUCGGGACGAACCUCCGCUUCCACGUAUGCACUGCAAAUAUGUCUGGGUCUGGGAGAUUGCGAGAUUUGUCAUGCUAGUCUGGCAUGACUCUGAGCUCUGUAUUGCGUGGCCGCGAAGAGCUCGUCUUGCCUGUCAUGCAGAAACGCAGUUUCUCAUGCCGAGUACGCAACUCUGAACCACGGGAAAACUUAUCAUGCUGGGCAGCGCAUUACAGUGUUUUGUUUUCACUAUUCCGUUCCUUGCAUCACAAGUUUCCAGACCCAGACAUAUUUGCACCGCAUACCACGCCUUGAUCCACGAUUGGCUGCAGGAGGAUUACUAUCAAGUGCAAAAGUAUCGUACUCGUAUGGAAAUCAUGCAUUACAAAUCCUUUCCUUGAGGUAAAUUAGCAUUACAAAUUUUAUUUCUCAUGUUGCUGAGCAAAUUUGUAAUGCAUUUAUACGAGUACAAUACUAUUGCAGUGCAUAAUUACGGCUUUUUCGCCUUCACCUCCGGCUGGGUCGCGCAGGUCUGGAACAUUUUGUUCAAGCCGCACGCGAAAGUGCUGUACCCGUUGAGUAAGUUCGGGGCGAAGAAAAGCUUUCUCGGUUUGCACUUCCGCGCGGGGAACGAAACGCUGCACUCCUUCAAAGACCCACCCCGGCACGGGUUGACGACGAUAACCUCGUUUUUGGAAUGCGCCGUCCAAGUGGAGGACAAACUAGUCCAGGCGGAGAUUUUGGAAUCAUCCACGCCCUGGUACUUUUCUGCCGACUCCGAGCAGUUCUGGGUCACCGAGGAAGUCCAGGCCUUAGUGCAAGCCGGGAAAGUCGCCAGCUUUGUGGAGAACGAGUUCGUUGCAGUAGCAGAUAGUAGUAGUGGCAGUAGCGCGACGAGUCCAACUAGAAACACAGGGUCUUCAACAUCAACGGCAGCCAUCCAGCACGUGGACCGAACCGCUGGGAUGUCUCAAGCGGGCUACCAUCGCGCCUGGACCGAGUACAUAGGCUUGUCCCGUGCGACGGCACUGAUCAUAAGUAACAGCUUCUUUGGGGAAACCGCCGCGGAGAUUGGCAAUGUACCAUUUGUCUACUACGGCGAAGGGUGCAUGCCGGUGCAUAUUUAGAGAGCGGCGAAUCCAUAUGCUGGGCCGCCAAAGCGGAAUUUCUUGAUCAUACCACAUGAGAAUACAGAUGCCGGCGCUUUUUUGGGCCCAGAGGAAAUUGCGGUGCAACUUGUUUUUACACAUGACGAUCGCACAACAU